CCUAAGAUUGCUACUACACGGGGAAAGGGGUUUUUAUUUAUUUAUUUAUUAGGGCAAACCUUUUGCGCGAAAUCCUGAAGCAAUGGGCGAUGAUGGAAGAACUCUGCAAUCUCCUCAACCCCUCUUCGAAAACCCUAACCCUAGCAGCAACUCAUCGUCGUUGUCGCCGGAGAAGAAGAUAGUAGUAAUAAUGGGGGCAACGGGCUCAGGCAAGUCUCGCCUCUCUAUCGACCUCGCCUCUCACUUCGCCGGCGUCGAGGUCAUCAACGCCGACUCGAUGCAAGUCUACCAAGGCCUCGACGUCCUCACCAACAAAGUUCCUUUUUUGGAGCGCGACGGAGUUCCUCACCAUCUUCUCGGGACCGUUGACGCGUCGGUCGAGUUCACUUCCAGAGAUUUUCGUGAUCUCGCCGUGCCAAUUAUUGAUGACAUAUUGUCCCGCGAUGGUCUUCCGGUUAUCGUUGGGGGUACAAAUUACUACAUCCAGGCCCUUGUGAGCCCGUUCCUUAUAGAUGAUGCGGUGCAAGAUAUGGAAGAAGACACCGUUGUUAGCGAACAAGAAUUAAGCAAUGUAGAUCUGGCUGCUAGCUAUGAGAUUAUGUUUGUUAUAGUUCCAAGAAUCCCUGGUAUUUUCUCUGUUUCUGGUUUAAUCCAUCGGCGUUUCCUGCAGAUAAACCGUUAUCUCAGCUUGUAUGCCAGCUCAGGAGUCCUGCCUAGCACUCUGUUUCAAGGAAAGGCUGCAGAGAAUUGGGGACGAGCUGAUAAUUUCAGAUUUAAUUGUUGUUUUAUAUGGCUGGAUGUUUCUCUUCCUGUGCUGGAUAAAUAUGUUGAUCAAAGAGUGGACUGUAUGAUAGAUAGUGGUUUGUUACUUGAAGUAUAUGAUAUAUACAAGCCAAAUGCAGAUUACACCCGUGGACUGCGGCAAGCCAUCGGUGCUCGAGAGUUUGAGGAGUUUUUCAAAGAGUGCUUUUUGGAGAUAGAGGCAUCUGGUUUUCCAUGUCUUGAAGGGAAUGCUAGCAGUGAUAAUGCAGAAACUGGAAUUCCAAUUUUGAGAAAGAAGGCUGAUAACUCUUCAGGAGCUACUCUCGUAGAGAUUUUGUGCUCCAGAAAUUACAGGCUUCAAUAUUUACUAGAUGAAGCAAUUGACAAGCUAAAAUCCAACACAAGGAAACUUGUACGACGUCAAAUACGAAGGCUUAAUCGGUUGAAGACAUAUUUUGGAUGGGACUUACAUUAUGUUGAUGCGACAGAAGCCUUUUUAUGCAACUCGGGAGACAUGUGGCAUGCAAAGGUUGUUGAACCUUGUAUUGGUAUUGUGAACACCUUCUUGUCUGAAAAAGUGAGUGUUUUGACGCUCUCAACAGAAAUUGGUGAUGUCCGGAGGGAGGGCCAUGUUAGUAGGGAUUUGUGGUCUCAAUAUAUUUGUGAGGCAUGUGGAAAUCGGGUCCUACGAGGGGCACAUGAGUGGGAACAGCAUAAACAGGGUCGUGGACACAGGAAGAGGAUCCUUAGUUUAAGAAAGAAGUCUCUGCAGUAACGUCCUUGAUAUGCCAAAGAAAACAUCUCUCAGCUUAUGUCUUAGAGGCCGUUGUUCCAGCGUAUUGUCAGAUUAGUCCUCUGAGCUCUGCUGCUAUAUUACCUCGUUGUCUGUGUGAAAGCGUGAGGCGAGGUCAGGAUAUGUUCUUACGACAGAGUUGUAAUUUUCUUUCUAUAUUUAAGAAAAAUAUAAUGCAAUUGCUAUUGAUGCCAUAGAGUUGUUACAGAAGUUUUCAGUUGUCUGGUCAUCUGUAAGCUUCUGUAUACACUGUACUGUGUUAAUCCAAGCAUCUAACGGUUAGUAUCGUAGAUUAAUUUAGGCAGAGUGAAACAAUGAAUGGUUUUUGUUUGUUACAUUUGAUCCUGUUCAUUAGAUUUGGUUAUCAUUUCUUUAA